CAUUGUAUGUUAAGAUAGCUUUUAUUGUUUAUUCACUAAAAUUUUAAAUAUAAUAUCUAAAAAGAUUAUUUUAUGAAAAAAUAUAGAGUCUUUGCUAAAUUAUUAGAAAUAUCUGUUUUUUAAGUAGGCUAAAUCUAUGUAAGGAAUUCAUAUAAACUACCAUAUCGAAGCUUCGUCUAAUUAUUCUCCGUUAUUUCACUAUCAAAUAUUUGUUGCCUACGCUUUUAUCUUUAGAUUAAUUAUUAUUAUUAAUUAUUAUUAUAUACGAUGGAUCCUCGAAUACAUAGAAGAUCAGAACCAGAAAAAGGACCAGGCGAUUUGAUAGUUGAAUGGUUAAAUGAAGCUUCUUUAAAUCCAGGAGAAGAUAUAAAAGUUACAAAUUUAUGUAAAGUUCAAGAAAUUUUAAUUAACAAGGAGCCACAAUUACUUCCAUUAUAUUUAGAUGAAGCAUUACAGUUUUCUUUAGAUAGAUAUGCUGAAGUUAGAAAAACAAUUACAGGUUUUAUUGAAGAAGCUGGAGUAAAACAACCUGAAGUAAUUCCACGUGUUGUUCAAAUACUUUUAAGAUUAGUUUCUGAUGAAUCAUCAGCUGUUGCUAAAAGAGCUCUUAGAGCUAGUGGUAGAAUAUUAAGAGCUGCUUUGAAAUGGAUAUCUAGUGCUACUACAGUUACAGCAGAAAUGGAAGUAGCAUGGAAUCAACUUAGUGCUCUUAAAAUUCAAAUAAUAAAUAUGAUUGACAGUGAUAAUGAUGGUAUUAGAACACAAGCUGUGAAAUUUCUUGAAGGUGUUGUUUUAAUACAAACAUAUCCUGAUCCAGAUAUUCCUAAAAAACCUGAUGAUUUUUCUUUAGAAGAUAUUCCAUUAACAUUAAAAAUAGCACGUAGACGAAAAUUAGAAGAAGAGGCUAAUGAUGUAAUGGAUUUAUUAAUAAAAUUUCAUGGAUCUCCACAUGUUAGUAGUGUUAAUUUGAUGACAUGUAUGGGAUCUUUAGCAUUGAUUGCUAAAACAAGACCUCAAUUCAUGCCAGGUGUAAUACAAGCAUUACAAAGAUUACAACACGAUUUACCACCUACAUUAUCCGAUUCUCAAGUAACUAGUGUACAAAAGCAAUUAAAAUUAACUCUAUUAGGAUUGAUGAAACAUCCAGCUAGCAUAGAAUUUGUAUCUAUAAUAGCUAAACAAUUAACACAGUUAGGAGCAAAAGAACAAGAAAUUCUAAAAGCUUAUCCAAAACCAGAAGAUAUUCGGCGUAUAAAGAAACGUCAACAAGUAAAAGAAGCAGCUGCAUCUUCUGCAGCAAAACGUGUAAAAAUUGAAACUUCUUUAGUAUCAGAUGAAACGGAAAUUGUACCCAGUUUAAUUCCUACUUCAAAAUUAUCAGAAUUAAUUGAACUUUCAGAAAGUUUUAUUGCUGAAAGAUUAAGUGUAGAAAUUGCUACAGAUUUAGUAAUGGAUAGUAUGGCAUGGGUUCCAGACACAAUGACAGCUAUCUUUCAAAGAGAAUAUCAGCCUACUUCAACGACCGAUAUAAAUAUUCAGCGGCAGACAAUUGCUAAAUUAUUAGCAACGCAAAUAAAGCAAGCUAAAACGAAGAAAAAAAAGGAUGCUAAAGAUGAAGAUGCCGUGAUGGAAGACUUAGUAAAAAAUCCAACUAUUAGCGUAGCGGAAGCUAAACGAGAACGAAAACGUGAAAAAGAUAGAGAAAAAGAGAAAGAAGCAAGGGCAUCUCUAGAAGCACAUGAAAAAUCAUUAGCAAAAACAAGAACUCGUUUAAAAGCUUUAAAAUUGUCUGAAGUUACAAAACCAUUGUCAAAAGAAGUAAAAGAAAAAAUGUUAUUGAUGGCUGUGAAUCGAAUUUUACUUUCUGAGAAAACAGCUGUGUUUGGUGGUGUGGCAGCCAUAAGAUCAAAAAUUUUAACUACUCUAGCUGCAACAUUUAAUCCAUACAUUAAAGAGGCAGUAUUACAUUAUAUUACUGAUGAUAUGAGAAACCGUUUAGAUUUAGCUUUAGGUUGGUUAUAUGAAGAAUAUGCAUUGCUUCAAGGUUUUCAAAGGCGAACUACAUUAUGUACAAAACCUCAAGAAGCUCCACAUCAGGCUUAUAACUUUUUAUUAUGUACUUUAGUAUCUGCAAUAGAUUUAGUUCAAGGCAAAGAUCGUGAUACAUUAUUAUAUAGGCUAUACUUGGAAGCACCUUUAAUUACCGAAGAUGCUGUUGAAGCUUUAAAAAUGGUAUCUUCUGAUGAAACAAGAGGAUUGGUACCAUUGCAAUUAUUGAAAGAGAUGGUUAUUCGUAGACCAACAAAACAAUUAGUUUUUCUAAAUGUAUUAUUAUGUCAUACUGGUCACGAAAAUAAUACGAUAAGGGAAGCUGCUAUACAAUUAGUUUGUCAACUGUAUAGUCGUCCUGAAUUAAGUAAACUCAUAGAAGAGUAUGCAGUUCUUUAUUUAGGUUUCUUACGACUUCAUAUACCUCCUGAAAUCGUUUUCGGACAAGAUAGAGGUAGGCCACAAGUAGAAUCCCAAUGGACUGAAUCAACUACAAGAGCUUGCCUUGGAUUAUAUCUUGCUCUGUUGAGUGAACAUCAAGACUUAAUUCAUGAAUUGGCAAGAGUUUAUACAUCAAUGAGUGCAGAUGUCAAACGUAUUGUUCUUCGAUUAGUAGAAGGACCUGUAAGAUCUUUAGGAAUGGGUAGUCCACAAUUGUUGGCAUUAGUUGAAAAUUGUCCUAAAGGCGCUGAAACACUAGUUACAAGAAUUAUUCAUAUUCUUACAGAAAAAUCUGCACCAAGCGUGGAAUUAGUAUCAAGGGUACGAGAACUUUAUCAGACUAGAGUUUCAGACGUUCGAUUCUUAAUACCAGUCUUAAAUGGUUUAACAAAAAAAGAAGUAAUAGCCGCUCUUCCGAAACUCAUAAAAUUAAAUCCUAUUGUUGUUAAAGAAGUAUUCAAUAGAUUGUUAGGUACUCAUAAUAACGAAAGUGGUGUACCUCAUACAUCUCCUAUCACACCUGCUGAAUUGUUAAUAGCGUUGCAUAAUAUAGAUCCAAGUAAAGCAGAAUUAAAAACAAUUAUAAAAGCUACGUCUUUAUGUUUUGCGGAAAAACAAAUAUAUACGCAAGAAACUGUAGCUGUUGUAAUGCAACAUCUUAUGGAGAUGACACCGCUUCCAACAUUACUCAUGCGUACAGUGAUACAAAGUUUAGCAUUAUAUCCUAGAUUAAGUGGAUUUGUUAUGAAUAUACUUCAGCGGUUAAUUCUCAAGCAAGUUUGGAAACAGCCAAAAGUUUGGGAAGGUUUCGUAAAAUGUUGUGAACGCACGCAGCCACAAAGUUUUGCAGUUAUUUUACAGCUUCCUCCAACACAGUUAGCCGAAGCGUUAAAAAUGGCAAGCAAUUUACGAUCACCUUUACUAGCACAUGUCGAAGCCUUUGCUGAAAAUCAGAAAGCGCACAUUCCGCAGUCGAUAAUGGAUGUUAUUCAGGGUAAAUCACCUUGUGACAUGCAUGAUGAAUUUGAUAUUGCACCACCCGGUGAUUAUCCGAUUGAACAAAAACCAGAUACAAUAGAAACUGAUGUUUCAGAACCAGCUCCUCCUGGUUUAGAUUAGCAUAAACUCAUUCCAGUGUUGGGAUUUGAAUCAUCAUCAACAGAUUGUCCCAACUUUAACGAAUUUACCUUGUAAAUUAUUAAUUAUUUUUUUAUUCGCAUUAUAUUCAGUAAUCUGAAACGUUAGAUCCACGUAUUUACCAAAUCAAAUAUGAAAUGUAAAUAUUUCUUAUUCAGAAUUUGCUGAAAAUUCGAUUAAUUUUAUAGCUAUGACAAAUCCUUAUUUCGUUCUAUUUUGUAAAUAGAACUUUGUCUGCAUAUAAAUGUAUAUACAUGUUAUCUUCAUUAUAUAGUAUAU